AUGAAUGAUUCAUUAGGUAUAUAUGAUACGUACUUGUAAUACUUCACAAUCUAAUAUAGGUAAUAAAUGAAUUUUAGUAAUACCGUUCUUAUAUUUUAAAAUAAACAAAAUUUCAGAUGCAUCAGACUCUAAUUUAAUGUGACAUGAUUCUACUUGUUUGUCUAUUAAAUUUAUAGACUUAAACACAGUUAUCGCACUCUGUAAAAUAAGGACAUUACUAUUUAUAACAUUGAAAUAUAAUGAAAUUUUAUUACCCUCAUUGAAAUUUUACAUUUCAAUGCAUCAUUUUCUUGUAUAUCGCCAUAAACGUAAUAUGAAAAAUAACUUCUGAGAAAUGUAAAAUCAGCAUAAGCUGAAUUUGGCAUAUUAACAGUACGAAAUGAUAAGGUAUUUUCAUGUGGUUCUAUGUACAUUUCAUCUCCAAUUUUGGUUAAUGCAUGUAUAGCCUUUGCUAAAACUAAUAAAUGUUUUAUAUUAAUACUUUUAAAUAAAUAUCUUCAAAUAGGAAAUCAUAAAAAUAUAACCUAAGUAAAACCAACAUACUUUUUACAUUAGCUCCUGCUAUAACACACUUCAUGUUAAAUUUCCUUCAUUACACUACUUUUUAUGAAUAAAACAUUAAAUAAUAUUAAAUUUAGUAACCAUUAUAAAAGAAAUAAUAAAAGAAAUUCAUAAUAUUAUACGUAAAAUGAACUGUAGACUGUAAUUGAAUUAAGUAAUCAUGAUAAAAAUAUUUGUUCAUAUAUCCAAGAUAAUUGAUGUAAAUAAAUAAUAAUUAUAAACGUAUAUUUUGCAACAAUUAUCUACAUUAUUAGUAAAUAUAAACUUUGAAUAAUAUAUAGUUUAUAUUUUAGCGCAUUAUAAAAACAAUCGACAAUUAAUAGGAUCUCGAAUCUCGAAAAUCGAACAUUUAUGUGUCAACCAUAUACCUACUACUGAUAGUACGUUUGACAUUUGAUUAGUUUCUGUUUUUCCCAAGUAACAAUUGUAGAUAAAUAUCAACACAAAAAAAUAUAUAAAAAUUCUAAAAAUAUUAUUAAAUUCGUCAUGGUGAGUACACGAAAUAAAGUACUGAUAAUAGAAAUUGAUUAUGAACCUAACCUGAAUAUUAAUAACCUAACCUCAAGGAAAUAUAAAAAUUAUAUAUUUAUAUAAUUUUAUAUAAUUUUAUUACAUGUACUAAUAAUAUUAUAUAAUUUUUUAUAUAAUUUUAUAUAACUUUUUAUUGUGUGUACUGAUAAUGUUUAAUAUUUAUAGCUUGUUUUAGUACUUGGAGAUUUACACAUUCCACAUAGAUGUAGUAGUCUUCCAAGUAAAUUUAAGAAAUUAUUGGUGCCUGGUAGAAUACAACAUAUUUUAUGUACAGGUAAUCUUUGUACAAAAGAAUCAUAUGAUUAUUUAAAAACAUUAGCCAGUGAUGUUCAUGUUGUUAGAGGAGACUUUGACGAGGUAUAUUUUAUUUAAUAUUUUAUUUAAUAUUAUUGUAAUUUUUUAAUAAUACACAUUUCAUUAUUUUCUUUUAUAUAUAGAAUUUAAAUUAUCCAGAACAAAAGGUAGUCACUGUUGGUCAGUUUAGAAUAGGUUUGUCGCAUGGACAUCAAGUGGUACCGUGGGGAGAUCCAGAAUCAUUAGCUUUAAUUCAAAGACAAUUAGAUGUUGAUAUUUUAAUAUCAGGCCACACACAUAAAUUUGAAGCAUAUGAGCAUGAAAAUAAAUUUUAUAUUAAUCCUGGUUCUGCAACAGGGGCAUAUAACCCUCUUGACACGUCAGUUAUUCCAUCUUUUGUUCUAAUGGAUAUUCAAAGUUCAACAGUUGUAACUUAUGUCUAUCAACUUGUUGGUGAUGAAGUAAAAGUUGAACGAAUUGAAUACAAAAAGAAUUAA